UUCAGCCUUAUUAUAACAUUAAGUAAGAUGAAUUCUCGAAAUUUAAAAAUAAUCGCAAAGAAAUAUGUUCUUACAAAGUACUAUAAUGGAGAACCAAAAGAGAGUGACUUCGAAAUUGUGGAAGAAGAAUUGGGAGAAUUAAAGGAGAACGAAAUAUUGGUACAGGCACUGUAUUACAGUAUCGAUCCCUAUAUGCGGGCACACAUGCAUCUUCAUAAAUUACCAUUAGACAUGAUUGGAAGGCAACUGGCGAAAGUAAUCGACAGCCGCCAUGAUGACUAUCCUAUAGGUUGUUACGUAGUUGAUUCGUUCGGGUGGCGAACUCAUACAAUAACGAAUCCCAAUGUGCCGUAUCCAAAAGGCGAUGGUUUACCGCUAGUUCGAGUCCCCGAUGUCAGCCCACACCCGCUGUCCAUUAGCCUUGGUAUUUUGGACGCGCCCGGGAACACCGCACACUGGGGUAUAACGGAGAUUUGUAAGCCAAAAGCUGGAGAAACAAUUGUUAUUACGGGAGCGGCCGGCGCCGUUGGCUCACACGCAGGACAAAUUGCUAAGAUAUUGGGGUGCAAAGUUAUAGGCUUCGCCGGGUCCGCCAAAAAAUGCGAAUACUUGGUAAAUGAACUUGGCUUCGACCAUGCAUUUAAUUAUAAAAAUGCUGAUAUCAUCGAGUCCCUCAAGAGUGCGGCUCCGAAUGGUGUUGAUUGCUAUUUUGAUAACGUUGGGGGUGAGCUAAGUUACAAAAUUAUGAGGCAAAUGAAAAGUAAUGGUCGAGUAGCAGUGUGCGGGUCGAUAUCGACAUAUAACAAUGUAGAACCCGCAAAAGGAAGCGUACUACAACCAAUUAUUGCGUAUAGAGAACUCACGUUGAAAGGUUUCUUGGUGUAUCGAUGGGCAGACAGAUUUGAAGAUUGCAUGAAUACCACGUUAAAAUGGGUGAAUGAAGGAAAGUUAAAGUAUAAAGAAGAAGUCUACUACGGUUUCGAAAAUAUGGUGAAGGCAUUGAACAGUAUUCUGCGGGGAGAAAAUAUUGGAAAAGCGAUUGUUAAAGCGUAAAUAAAUGGAGGUUUGGGAUUUGCUGUACAAACAACAUUAUGGAACAACACAGACUUACGGAGACUUGGCGAAAGCAUUAGGGAGAUCUGGGAGCCACGCUAGAGCAAUUGGU